AUGGUGGCUAAGUAUAGUCGAUUGCAGCCGCUGCCGCGCCAUUGCGCGAUGCCGCUGGCCACCAGCCUCAAGCCACCACCCGCUCUGACCUCCAAGCCGCGGGCAGCGCCCUCUUCUCGUCCCGGGAGCGCAGUCGCCAAGCGGCGAUGGAAUGCGCCGCCGCCGGACCUCUUCCCAGCCGCAGCGACGCCGCGCACAGCGUCGAAGAGGACGGAGCGGCCAGCCACAGCCGCUGACAGGCAUCUGCCGGGUGUGUUAACAGCUCGGCAGGAUCCUCGAGAGCAGUUCCGAGCCGCCAUCGCCACAGCAUCCGCCUCAGCGUCAGCGUCAGCAUCAGCCGCCCUCGCCAGUGCGGCAAGCACAAACAGCAAGAAGCCCGACGAGAGUCCGAGCCCUGAUAGAGCCAAGGCAGCAACGAAGGAGCAGCAGAACGUCAUGGCCAGACCUCCAACAGGCCGCAGGCUCUCGCAGCCAGCGCGGCUUCGUCGCGCCAGUGAUGGACCGCAGCAUGCCGCUAAAGCCGAUGCCGUUGAAGCAGCCGAAAAGGUGGGAGGGGCCCCGCCCACCGCUGCGGUCUCACUCCGAAAGAGGCAGCAGCUCUUGGCUCGCGAAGCGGAGCUGAACGCCAUGCACACCGAGCGACGUCGGGACUCGCUUCACAGCGCCCAAGUCCUCAAAAGUCUGCGGCGGCAAGACGUUGAGGCCGACGACGUCAGUCCACUGAUCGAGAUCAUCUACUGGUCGCCGUUCGUGGAAGUCCGGCGCGACGCGGCCGCUGCAAUCGCCUCUCUGAGCCGCAACACCGCAAAUCUAGAGCUUCUCGACGAAGUCGGCACGCUCGGUGCAAUUCUGACCAUGAUGAGCUCACCCGUGGAUCGCGAGGACUCGGGGAUCUCUAAUGACUGCGCACAGGCGCUCGCCGCGCUUACCACAAGCUGCGUCUUGCCGGCUUCGAAGUCGUCGCACGACUAG